AUGGACUAUGAUAAACUACUGAUCGUACUAGAUCUAAAAACGGGCAAGAAAGUCAUCAACAACAAGUAUAGAAUACUAAAGAAGAUUGGCCAAGGACAAUAUGGCAAAGUAUUACUCGGACAAGUAUUGGACGACCCCGUCAAGCCCAUAACGGAGUCCACUGUGCGCAAACACUCAACGUUGAAUGAUGCAGCUAUGACUACGUCCCCAGUGCCAACAGCACUGGUCACCUAUGUAGCCAUCAAAACCAUUAACCGUGUCGAUAAAGCUAAACUAAUUACAAAAUCCUACAUCAGUAAUGUCACCAAAAUCAAAAAAGAAAUCAAGAUCUUGAAACAAUGCAAACAUCCCAAUGUUGUCAAACUAUAUUCUGUCAUUGAUGAUACCCAUUUCGAUAAGAUCCUCCUCAUAUUGGAAUACUGUAAAUAUGGAGAAAUCGAUUGGAAGCACUAUAAUCACUAUUAUGAAAAGUACACCUCGCAUGAGAAUAGAUCUGCACUCAACUUGAACAAGAUUCUCCGAGAUAUUGUAAAUGGGUUGGAAUACCUUCAUCUGUACAAACACAUUAUUCAUCGAGAUUUAAAACCACUGAAUUUACUUAUCGAUGAGUACAACAAUAUCAAGAUAUCUGAUUUUGGAGUGAGCUUAAUCUUGGAAAACACGGUACAGGAUACCAAGGAAUUGGCAAACACAAUGGGUACCCCAGCAUUUUAUGCACCUGAACUAUGUCAAUUUGUCAAAAACCGAUUUUCAAUGAUUACAAACGAAAACCAUCAAUUCAAUAAGAUCAAAAUAGACUAUCGAAUAGAUAUUUGGAGUUUGGGGGUUACACUAUAUUGCUUGAUGUUUAACAAUCUACCGUUUAAUGGUCUCAAUGAGUUUGAUAUAUGCAAAAAGAUUGUUGACUCUGAAUUGAAGUUUCCACAAAUAAAACAUACUUCAAGAGUCACUGAUUCAGACGUCGAAGAAUUAAAAUUGGUUAAAGAUUUGAUAAGGCAAUUGUUGCAGAAAGACCCAAACAAGAGAAUAUCUCUAAAUGGAGUUAAACAUCACAAGUUCACCACUUUUGAUUUGAAUGAUCUGCAACGGGAGAAAUUUCUCAAGUUUAACCAAGCCAUUUUCAAAGAUGAAGAUUGCAAACGGAAGUUGAACGACGGGAAGGGUGCACGUGGACAAGAACAGCAACUGCAGUCACAGCAGAGUAAUGUUGGAUUAUCGACAAAACUACGAAAUUUUUUCAAGGGUAAUACCAACAACUCGAAACCCCUUGUUGCUCCCUCCACAGUGCCAAGUAAGAAAGAACAGUCAAAAGAGCCACUCGCACAUGAUUCAGAAACCAAGCGACCUAAUUUGCCUGAUCUACACCAUGUUGACGACUUGCUCGAUUCAUAUUUUGACGAUUCAUCCUCAUUGGGCUCUGUAGGAGAUGUGGACGAAGAUCCGAUUGAUACAUCAAACAUUCUCGGCGAGAUCACAAAUGGUGAAGUGAAGAGCAAAAGUGCAGACUCUAGUCUCAAACAUCUACCGCAACCAUUGGUACUCAAGCCGCUAACAUUAAAGGACCCAAAUAGUGUUGCUCCUUCUCCUGCGAAAUCACUGAGCUACAACGCUUCACUCCCAGUCACUCCAAGUAGUAGCUACCACCAUUCCUUGACUCCAACAAAUGACUUGUUUGCCACAAUUGGUCAAACAUCUCCUAGCCAAAUCAAUGCGAAUGGACCUGUGUUUAGUCCAAGCAAACGAUUUUUUGAUAGACAACAACAGCAACUGCAGCAAUUGCCGCAGCAUCUGCAACAACCAUCGUUGAAAUCGUUGUCUGCUGAAUGUGAUUUCGUAAUUGAACCCCCAUCGGUGUUCAAUCGCAACAAUGGGUCAAACGUAGGCAAUACUUUCACUAAUACCAGCAACACUAGUUCCAAUAAUACUGCUACUGGUGGCUCUGACAGAAGAAACAGUUCGGAACGACCGAGACCACCAUAUGGACUCUCCCGAAUCCCCAGUUCAUCUAGUUCAUUGAACCUACAUGCAUACUUUACUGAUGACUGCGACUCAAUUGAAUCAUCACACUCGAUCACUUCCACACAUUCAUCGUCAUUGAAAUACAAUUUGAAAUCUGCAAAAGAUAGAAAUAAGGAUCAAGAUGGGGCCUCAAAAGUGCAUCAGAUUGCAAACAGCUCACAUGCAAGUGUAAGCAAGUUGAAUGGGGGUUCUGGUGUUGGAGAUUACAGCAGUGGAAAAGCUCAAGAGAAGAAAGGUCAUGAUGUUGGAGAUGGCGAAGGCGACGAAGGUGACUCGACGUUCUAUUUAGGCAACGAUGAGACUGGCGUUUUUGAAAAGUAUCAAGACUUGAGCACAUACUUGGAUAAUCUUGAGUGA